UGCAGAGCUGUGCCAUUUGAAUUCAAGCACGCACACACACACACACACACGCACUGUGCUCUCCAUUUCUGGCUUGCCUCCCAGCACAGAGAGUUGAGCUAGAGCUCGGGUUCACUUUUUUCUUCUCACUCUCCUCCCGGCAGCGACAGCUUCUCCAGGCUCUGCUAGUCGGGACUCCCAAGCAAGCAUGGCGGACACCCCUUUGCAAAUCAUUGAGCAGCCCGCUCCUUCCGAGACCUCCGAGGAGCAGGUGGCCGAGGAGCCGAUUAAAUCAGAUCAGAUCAAUGGCGUGAUGGUGCUCACCCUUCUGGACAAGAUCAUCGGGGCGGUGGAUCAGAUCCAGCUGACCCAGACGCAGCUGGAGGAGAGGCAACAAGAGAUGGAUAGCGCAGUGGCCAGCAUCCAGGGGGAACUGACCAAGCUCACCAAAGCACACACCACCACCAGCAACACCGUGAACAAGAUGCUUGAGAAAGUACGCAAGGUGAGCGUCAACGUGAAAACCGUCCGGCAGAACCUGGAGAAGCAAGCCGGGCAGAUCAAGAAGCUGGAGGUCAACGAGGCGGAGCUGUUGAAGCGAAGGAACUUCAAAGUCAUGAUCUACCAGGAUGAAGUGAAGCUCCCGGCCAAGCUGAGCAUCAGCAAGUCUUUGAAGGAGGCAGAGAAGGAAGAGGAGGGUGCGGAGGUGCCCGCGGACGAGGACCAUGUGGAUGAGGACCGCAUCCAGCUCUCCUCAGAUGAGGAGGUGGAGGUUGAAGAGAUCAUCGAGGAGUCCCGGGCAGAGCGGAUCAAGAGAAGUGGCAUGAAGAGGGUGGACGACUUCAAGAAGGCUUUCUCCAAGGAGAAGAUGGAGAAGACCAAGCUAAAGACCAAGGAGAAUUUGGAGAAGACCAAACACAACUUGGAGAAGACCCGGCACAACCUGGAGAAGAGGAUGAACAAGCUGGGCACCAAGAUCGUAACCACUGAGAGGAGGGAGAAGAUGAAAACCUCUCGGGACAAGCUGAAGAAAUCCUUCACUCCCGACCACCCCGUCUACGCCAGGUCCAAGACGGCAGUCUACAAGGUGCCACCCUUCACCUUCUAUGUCAAGAAGAUCAGAGAGGGCGAGGUGGAGGUGAAAGCCACGGAGAUGGUGGAGGUGGGAGGAGAAGAGGCCGAGAACACGGAGCUGCUGAGAGAGGAGAGCCCUGAGAUGCACACGCUGCUGGAGAUCACGGAGGAGUCGGACGCAGUGCUGGUGGACAAGAGCGACAGUGAGUAGGACGGGCGGUGGCACAGGAUGGACGGCUGAACAUGUAACCUUUCACACUGCAAGAUCUCUCUUUGCCCCACGCGUCCCGGGAAACGUGUACCCAAUGUAUCAUUAUUCCUCUGGACGUCCAAGCCGAUCCCCUGCCGUCCCGGACGAGGUGUCGUUUAUAUUUUAGUUUUAGCACACAGAGGAGUUAGGAACACAGGACGGUUUUUCUUACACUCGUUGUGGAGACCAUUCCUGCUAGUGGCCCUGUGAGAGCUUGCUAGCCGCCAGGGACCCGGCUGGGAGCGUGCUAAAACCAAGAUAACUGCUGUACACCUGGGAAGAUCCCUCUUUGCAGCUCUCUGAGACCUGAUGUCUAGAAUGCUUUCUGCCUGGCACACUGCCCAGCGCUGGGGAUCCCCCCCGUCCAUUUGUCAGCCCGAGCCGCCAUCCCCACAGGCAGACGGAGGGGAAUGCAGGAGCCCAGCUGGCUAGUAGCAGCAGAGAGACAUUUCCCACCCCUGCCCGAACGCCAGCUCCUGGGGCCAUGCGGUCUGGAAGAUCUCCAGUGGAAGGUGGAUCUCUGACAUGUCUUAGCAUGUGGCGAGGGAAGGGUUAAGCCGAUCCCACUGGUGGGCAGAGCACGUGUGAGGGUGGGCAAUGCCACAUCGGGCUGGGAGGGGCUCCCUGACACUUCUUGACCCCAGAGGGCUCAAAGAGCUAACGGGCCAGUUCUGGAGAAGCCAGCAUUGUGCACCACUCGGCUACAAUGGGCACCACAUUGCCUGGGUGGCAGCGAGAUCCCCUGGCAAUGCGGGUAUCCUACACACACACAGGACCCCGCCACUGCUGCCAGUUACACCGGGGCCACUCCAGGCCUUACUGGCACUGCCCCAGAGUAAUGGAGAGCUCAGCAUGUGCCGCACGCUCCUGUGUGUGUGUCUGCAGUGCCCGUGACAGCGCGGUGACCGUCUGCCUGCUGGGCCCAGAACCGCUUUGCUCCAGCGGGCUCACGGUCACCUGCAGGGAGCUGUGUGGAGUCGGGUGUCCCACCCCGUCACCGGAGAGCGAGCCCUGUACCAUGUGGCAUCAGCAGGCUGGGAGGUGCACGCUCACUGGCUGGGGGACAGCCCAGGGUGCUGGAAGGCCCAGGGUGCGGCUGUGAGUCAUUUCCAGGAGGGCUGGAGGAUGUGCUGAUGCCACAGCAAGGGGACAGAGCAAGGAGGGCUCUUGGCCAGCCAGAGAGCAGUCUUGACACGGGUCUGUGGGCCCGAUCCCGAGCAGCGGCGUCUCUGCAGGGAGUCCCGGCACGGCUCAGGCUCAGGGCCCUGCGUAUCCCCUCAGCCUCCCCACUUGCUGCGCAGUUCUAGGAUGGGGCACUGUCGCUUGAGCACCAGCUUUCCUAUCCGCACGCACCGCCACUGCUUCGCAGGCUCCCGGCAGAACGGAGUGAGGGCCGCGUGUGCUGGGACACCGUGUGUCUCCUGGCCAGCUGAGGUCGGCUUUGGGGCUGGCAAUUCCCAACUCCCUCCCCUUUGCAGCCCCCCAGGUGGCAGGGGACACGGGGAGGUUCGGCUUGUGUUCAUGCCUAUCCUUCCCUUAGUUCAUACCCGCUGGGCACAGCCCAGCCCCUGGCACAUGCGGCCGCCGUCCUGACUGCCACGUGACACACAGGAGAGCAGAGGUUUGUUGUUAACGUAGCCACAAUAUAUAAACUUGCUUCUUUGUUAAGAGCAUUUUCUUUCUUAUUGCCCGUCCCACUCCCACCCCCAGGGUCCUUCCCCUGCAGCGGAGCUCCCAGCCUGCCCAGUCAUGCCAGGCCAAAGUGGGCACGGCCCCAGCAGCUGGGCUCUGUGCCAGGCUCCCUGGUGAGUUCUCUCUAAGCAGCGAGGAGGCAUCUCUGGACCCCUGUGCUGCCCCCAGGGAUGGGCAGGAAGAGAUGGGGUUGGAUGGGCCUUUGCCAUGCUCUGCCCUUCCCUGCCAACCCCAUGACGGCACCACCACUGUGGGGGGAUGCCAGGCCCCUGGCAGUGGCGGUCCCCGGGGGGCAGGGGAGCCUUGCUUGCCCUCGGUUGGGAUCUGUGCUCACUGCCGGAGCUGCCCUUCACUGUUCGCCCCGGGCACCCCGCGCAGCAGGCGGAGAAACCAGAUGUUCUGCAGCCCCCCAGGCCAGGGCAGGCCGAACCCUCGCCCCUCUGCCUAGGGCAGUCCUUCAGCAUGUGUGUGGGGACCUAGUGACUGGCCGCGCCCCGCACUCCCGCUGCCCCCCUGUGCAGCCCAGCCCGUGGCAGGGGAGGUGCUGGCUGACGGAGGAGCGGGCAGGGCAGGGGGCUGUUCACACUCUGUCUGUUUCCUGGGGCCCAUCUAUUGUUUUUUACAGAUAUAUUUUUCUUACACAGAAGCAGUAGCUCAGAGUAAGUGACUCCCAGGGCACGGGCAGGCGCUUGGCUCGAGCAGCCCAAGGCCACCAGGGUUUGGUGCCGUACUAAGCAUCUCUGACCUCGGAGAGAGGGAGCAGAGCGUGUCCAUGGGGCAGAGAGCGAGUCCUGGGCCCUCCCGUGCCCAAGGUGAUGAGUUGGGGGCCAUGGGAGCUGGGUGGAGCUUUAUCCAUUUUCUAUGACUGCAUCCUGGUGAGCAGCCCGACCAAUAAAGUUUCUUUUCUAAAAG